CCUCCCGUCGGCCUGGUGGGAGGCCCGCCCGGCUCUCACGGGACCCUGCGCGGGGACGUCCCCUUCCCUCCUCGCCACCCGGAACCCAGGCCUGCUCCGGCCUGUGCCGCGCCUCUCCCGACUGACGGGCGACGCCCCUUCCCACCUGUCACGCCGCAUCCUGCUCCGCCCCAGUUCUCGCUCGCUCUUCCUUACCCAGGACCCCGUAGCCAAGGCCCAGCCUUCCUCUAGGCAGCACAUCUCAUUCCAUCUUUUACUCGCAAACUGUCCUCCCUCCCCGCCGUUUCUGUCCCUCCAGUCUAGCCCGAGUCUCCCAUCCCUGGGGACUGGCACCCCUUUCCCAUUCUUGUGGCUUGGUGCCUUUGCUUCUCUCCGUCUGAACAGUUCUCGUUUCCCUUUGUUCCUAGGUCUAGCCCAGGGCCACCGUGAUCUCUCUUCCAUGUACCUCCAGCAAACUCUUUUUCCCCUAGGCAUCUUCUCCCCUUCAGGAAAACUGGUCCCUUAGCAUGCCAGCUCCAUUUCUCUUUCCCUUCUGGGGUUUGCUUGGCAUCGUCUUCCACCAUGUUCUCAACGCUGCACAGGAUUGGAACCUGAGUCUGCUGGUGUCAAGGGGAUUUGACUGGCCAAAACUUGAGAAAAGCACCAGAUCUCAGAAGGACCUGUGUGACAAGGGAGCAUGUGCUGCAGCCUUGAAGGAGCCGAAUUGGCAGCUCCUUCCUGUUGUGAGCAUGUUGGCUGAGGACUGUCCUCCUGGUCUGGGGUGCAGACCCUUCUUCUAGCUCCUCCUUAGGUCUCAGCAUAACAGUUCAGCUGGAGCCUGUUGGCAUAGUGGUCUCCCUGGGGCCUCUACCCACUGCCCUCAGUGAGCCUUCUCUGUGUGCCCAAAAACCCUGUAGAAAGCAGAUUGGAGGAGCCAGCCUGCUCUCUGGAUGAGGCAAGGGUUUCCUGUCGCAUGUGGCCCAGCGUGUCCUCAGGAAGAGAACUCAAGUGAAGCACAGAUUUGUCUAGGCAUUGUCACAAGGCCACCACAACCGUCUAGGAACAAUACUCUAGGUUCUGCUCGGUGCUCAGUCUGAUGCCCAUCCAGCCCUCUGACCACCUGGAAUGGAAUGAGCCUAUGCACUCCCUCCGGAUAAGUGUGGGGGGACUUCCUGUGCUGGCGUCCAUGACCAAGGCUGCAGAUCCCCGCUUCCGUCCCCGCUGGAGGGUGAUCCUGACAUCCUUCGUGGGCGCAGCCCUCUUCUGGCUGCUGUACUCCCACCGCCCAGCCCCAGGCAGGACUCUUGCUCACAAUGCACACAACUGGAGACUUGGCCAGAUGCCUGCUGCCCACUACAAUGACACCUACCCCCUCUCGGCCCCCCAGAGGACACCAGGUGGACUUCGGUACCGAAUUGCAGUCAUUGCUGACCUGGACACAGAGUCUAAGGCCCAGGAGGAAAACACCUGGUUCAGUUACCUGAAGAAGGGCUAUCUGACCCUGUCAGACAGUGGGGAUAAAGUGACCAUUGAGUGGGACAAAGACCAUGGGAUCCUAGAGUCCCACCUGGCAGAAAAGGGAAGGGGCAUGGAGCUCUCUGAUCUGGUCGUCUUUAAUGGGAAACUCUACUCUGUGGAUGACCGCACGGGGGUCAUCUACCAGAUCGAAGGCACGAAGGCUGUGCCCUGGGUGAUUCUGUCUGAUGGCGAUGGGACCGUGGAAAAAGGCUUCAAAGCUGAGUGGCUGGCUGUGAAGGACGAGCACCUGUACGUGGGCGGCCUGGGCAAGGAGUGGACCACCACCACCGGGGAGGUGAUGAAUGAGAACCCCGAGUGGGUGAAGGUGGUGGGCCACAGGGGCAGUGUGGACCACGAGAACUGGGUGUCCAGCUACAAUGCCCUGAGGGCCGCCGCUGGGAUCCGACCCCCAGGCUACCUCAUUCAUGAAUCUGCCUGCUGGAGCGACACCCUGCAGCGCUGGUUCUUCCUGCCUCGCAGGGCCAGCCACGAGCGCUACAGUGAGAAGGAAGAUGAGCACAAGGGCACCAACCUCCUCCUGAGCGCGGCCCAGGACUUCGGGGACAUCUCCGUCCGCCGUGUUGGGGAGCUGGUCCCCACACAUGGCUUCUCAUCCUUCAAGUUCAUCCCCAACACUGACGACCAGAUAAUCGUGGCCCUCAAGUCUGAAGAGGACACUGGCAUCAUCGCCAGCUACAUCAUGGCCUUCACGCUUGAUGGGCGCGUCCUCCUCCCAGAGACCAAGAUAGGAAGUGUGAAGUAUGAAGGAAUAGAGUUCAUAUAGAUUAAAAUGCUCCCAGCGCCAGCAAGGCUGAGCAGGGCCUCUGGUUCUGUAAAGCCCAGGGGACUCACUUCUGUUGUCUUCUCUUUGUAACCAUGAGGUGCGUAUCUGGCUUCGUCCCCAGAGCAGGGAGUUCAGUCCCUGGCGGGGAGCAGCCCGAGGUUGUGAGCGGCAGGGAGGCCGCCCGGCCCUGGCCAGCUCCCAGCUCUGCACUGCCGGGCGGCUGCAGAGACGGACCGCUGCAGGCAUCUUGAUCUGGGCCGCCGGCCGCCCGCCAGGUUCUGCCCCCCUCUGGCCCACAUGGCCUCCCGGGCUUGCCUUUCCCUGUGCUCUCUGUGUAGUCGGUGCUUCAGGAGCACCUAGGGCACUGAAGCAGGUGCCCUGUCUUGGAGACCACAGGGAGUGGAGGCAGGCCUGCUGUGAGGAGCUCCCAGCUACCCCCACCCUCCUCUCAAACCCGGGCAUCCAUUCCAUGCGCCCCCAGAUCCUUGGAAAGUAAAUGUUUACACUGCAGGAUGCAUGGAGCAUGGUGGCCUCUGGGGACACCUGCCCACUGCUGACUGGCACCCUGCAAGGUUGCUCCCAGCCACCCCACAGCCAAGGACCCUGCUUCCUCCCUUUGGGAAUGUUCUAUGGCUGUGUAGCACUGUGAGGUUUUAAUUAUUAACUUAUUUUUACUAAAGUAGUUUCCUCUCUUAUCAAACAGAAUCACCAAAUCUCACCCCACAGAGCAAAGUCACAGUGAAUAAAUUUGCCACCAGCGGCAGGAAGUUGUCACUAAGCAGCCACAGGUGGCAAAGCCAGUUUACAGUGGUGUCUGAGUGCUUGGCUCGCGGCCAUUCCCUGGCAGCUUUCAGAAGGUGCCUUGCCCUUCAGGACUCUCACGGAUGACUUGAAUGUCUCGUUCCCUGACCCAGGAGGCACCCUAGUUCUGGCCGGCCAGCAGCUGACCCUUGACCAGGGCAGCUUUGUUCUGGAGGUUGUCCUGCCACCCCCUGAGUUUCUCUCCAUGGCCUUCCUCCUCCCUGUGGGAGUUUUGCAGCCUCCUCUCUGUGGAAGCUUCGCACAGACUUGGCUCCUUGUUGGUCCCUGUUGUCUCUUCCCAGUGCUGGGGAGGUGGGGGUGGUUGGGGACAGAGGUAAGGCAGGACUAAGCCAAGAAGGGAUGAGUCCAUUCAUCAUGGCAUCCCUGCCUGGCUGCCCCACCCUGCGACAGAAGCUCGGCGGUGGUGGGAGGGACCCUUGGCUGCAUCUGGCCCUGUGCUGACCCUUGCAGACCUCUUCUACUUGGAAACUGGGACAGUCCCCUGCCGGACUCUGGUGAGACGUCCUGCACAGCUUGGUCCUCCUGCUGUAGGAGAAGCAGCAGAGCAAAGACGCUCGACUGAACGUGAUGUUUCUCCAAGCCGGGCUUCCUUGGGCGCAGCCACGAUCCCGCUCUCCUGCCUUUGCCUGGCGGGCUUCUGAGCUGCCACCCCCUGAGCGUUGAUGCCAUCAGAGCUGUUCUUUAAAACAGAAUCAAGACAUCCAGAGGCCGGGCAGUCGCUAGCUUGAGGCGCUCUUGAUGUGUUAUGGGGCCCCUGGGCCACAGGCCUGGUGUGCGAGUGACUUCCAGAGACCUUGAAGCCAGCCUUCCCUGUCCCCGUGUUCGCUGCUGUCAGCAUGAUGAUUGUUUCCUUCCCUUUGUCCGUUUGUUUCAUAAACAAUAAAGCGCAAGGGAACGUGA